AUGGCUUGGCGGCCAGGACCUCGGUCCUCGCUGGGGCUCGGGGCGUCCGACUACGAUGAGAGAGACCCAUGGAUACAGCGAUUCAUUUCCAAGACUGACGAUGGCGAGCUAUCGCUUGACGUGAAUGUGAGCUCAAGGCGAAACACCAUGCCCUGCGCGGCGGGCAGUCGCUGCACGGCUGUCCCCGAUCACACGCCAGGCCCGCCGGCGUUCACAAAUCACCAAUGUAGAGGAGUCUGCGGGCAGUACCUCCAUGGCACCUGUGGGGUGGUGGACCCUCAGGGGUAGCGUUGGUUUCUUGGGUUUGUGUUAUUUGUACGGCGAGUGAUGUUUUGAUAUUGUGAAGCUCUUUUUUUUUCGUUGACCUGUGUUUUUGUCGGGGGUUUAAAUCGAUGGGAUGAAAGGUAUGAGGGUGUUAUGUUGAGUUUACGGUGGGAGGAAGGGGUGCAUUGUAUAAACGGCUGCGUCGUUCUUGAGUGCUGGUGCAUUCGUUGCCUCGUGUUGUCCUUCUAGAAGAGGUGCGACUAUGAAACACAGCUAUAGAACAACUCAACCAAAAACCUUGUACGUGUCCACGUGCAAAAUGUGCAUCGCAUCACACAACGAUGAUUUAUUUUCCGAACGCAGAUCCACCAAAAGCGUACCACGUACAGCAGUACUUGGGUCCACGUGCUUGCCAACCAAGAGAAUGAGCGGUGUUGGGAGGUAGCCCGACGUGGUAACGCUAGCUGCGCAAGUGACAUGCAUGAUACGCUCUCUUCAUGACCUAUUUUGCCAUUCGAGUGUAGUCAGUGCGCGAGAGUCCCUGUUUCACGACCUUUAGUUUUGUCUACGACAUAAGAGAAUAUUCUCUUAUAGUGAGAUACUGUUUAAGAGAAUUCUCUCUUAUACCGUAGCCAACACGAUAUAACAGAAAGCCGGAUCUAAGAGAGUGAAAUUGGCUUGUACCGACCCUCUCUUAAACCGUAGCCGCUA